UACACAUAUGUGUGGUUGUUUUAAGUGGUGUGCCGCCUGCAAAAUCAGUCGAUUAGAUUUGGCUCUGAGUAGGAGGCCAGAUGUCGCUUUAUGAUGAUCUGGGGGUGGCGACCAGUGACACAAAGACUGAGGGCUGGUCGAAGAACUUUAAACUACUUCAGUCUCAGCUGAAAGUGAAGAAGGCUGCACUCACACAGGCAAAGAGUCAGAGGAUAAGGCAGUCAACCGUUCUGGCUCCUGUCAUUGACCUGAAGAGAGGCAACACAGGAGAGGAGAGACAGCUCUCUGACACACCACCUCAUAUCACUGCAGGACUUAAGGAAGCCGCACCGGGCAGUUUUUCCUCUGGAGAUGUGUUGAUCCCCCUGGCAGAUGAGUAUGACCCCAUGUUCCCAAAUGACUAUGAGAAAGUGGUGAAGAGACAGAGGGAGGAGCGACAGAGGCAGAGGGAACAGGAACGACAAAAAGAGAUCGAGGAGCGAGAAAAGAAACGUAAAGAGAGACACGAAGGCGGAGCUCCAAGUGGCUUUUCUCGCUUUCCAACAGAGGGAGAGUCAGAUGAGGAGGAGGAGUAUGAGAGAGAAAAGAGAAAGAGAAACAUGGGUGGCGCUGCGAUUGCCCCUCCCACAUCUCUAGUCGAGAGAGAUUUGUACCCAUGUGAGGAGGAGAGUCGAGUUCGAGCACCAAAGGCAGCAAUUCCACCCCCCAUUUAUGAGGACUCAGACCGCCCCCGCUCUCCUCCUGGACCCACCAACUCCUUCCUAGCAAACAUGGGGGGUACCGUAGCCCAUAAGAUCAUGCAGAAGUAUGGAUUCCGUGAGGGUCAAGGCCUGGGAAAACAUGAGCAAGGCUUGAGUACAGCACUAUCCGUGGAGAAAACCAGCAAACGUGGUGGCAAGAUCAUCAUAGGAGAGGCUACAGAAAAAACAGCAGGAUCCAAUCAGAGUUCAACUGAUCCUCCUGGUGGUAUUGCAGGAGCAGUAGCAGGAGACGCGUCCAAGAAAAAUGAAACCAACCCCCUAACCGAGAUUCUUAAAUGCCCUACCAAGGUGGUGCUACUGCGGAACAUGGUGGGAAGAGGAGAGGUGGAUGAGGAGCUGGAGGCAGAGACUAAAGAAGAAUGUGAAAAGUAUGGCAAAGUUGUCAAGUGUGUCAUCUUUGAGAUCUCGGGCGUGACAGACGAUGAAGCAGUCAGAAUAUUCCUAGAGUUUGAGCGGGUCGAGUCUGCUAUUAAAGCGGUGGUAGACCUAAAUGGUCGGUAUUUUGGAGGUCGUGUGGUGAAGGCAUGCUUUUAUAACUUGGACAAGUUCCGUGUUCUGGACCUAGGUGAGCCAGUGUGAGGAGACAACCAGAACCUUAUUCCCUUUGUGCUCAAAGACAAAAGGAAUAAAAGCCCAGAGGAAAUAUUCAUCUCUCUCUCUCUCUCUCUCUCUCUCUCUCUCUCUCUCUCUCUCUCUUUCUGUCCACCUUUUUGAGUUCAGCUGUUUGGCUAUACCUGUAAAUAACCAGAAUUUUUUUUCAUGCGCUUACCCUCUGAAGACAUUACAGUUGUUUGUUAUUGUUUUUUUGUUUUUUAAAUCUACAGUACCAAGAAUUGUUUUGAUUUGUAGAUUUCACCACCCUCCAAAUUGGCUGAAUGUUGGC